GACACCAAUCAAUCCUCUUCGUCAUAUUCUCCAUGAAUUACUCACAUGUUUCGCGUCCCACAGUAUCAACCUACACCUCCUCACACACAACCAAUCACAUCACAAGUCAACCCCAAAACACAUACGACUACGUCGAUUUCUCCAUAGCCACACAAAAAAGUCACAAAACCGCGUCACACAAGAUCACAAAACGCUAUAAACAAACGCGAUUCUCAGCACACCGAAUUCGGAGAAGACAAAACUCAGUAACUCGGAAGUUAGAACUCUCAACUCACCAACUCGCUCCCAUGGCGUCGGUUCACAGCACCGUGCCUCACCACAGUUGCUUAUCUGCAAUCUCCAAAGCAAAAUCAAAACUGAAUUCAUCCAUUUCCAAGGCACAAAACUUUCCGGCGUCAAGAUUUUCCGUUAAUCCAAAUUUCACGAGAAACAAACGAACAGUACUAGCGACGAAAUUAUCGACGGAGGAGUUCGACGCGAUAGAAGUUCAGAGUAACGAUACUACGGACCAACCAGAAGGUUUGAUAGUGAGUCUUGUGGAAAUGGAAGGUGGAGAUGGUGAAUUAGCGACGCAGGUGAAUGGAUUUGGAGCAAAUGAGGGUUUGUUAUCGUUGGAAGGGUUUUCGUCUUCUUCUACUUCGGGUUUGGUUGGUAGUGAGAAUGAGGAGAGUGUUGAGAAGCUUCUAGAUAGGAGUAUUAAUGCUAGUAUUGUUCUUGCUGCUGGUACUUUUGCUCUUACUAAGCUUCUCACCAUUGAUAGUGAUUAUUGGCAUGGAUGGACAAUCUAUGAGAUAGUAAGAUAUGCACCUCUGCACAACUGGUUGGCUUAUGAGGAAGCUCUUAAGACAAAUCCGGUUUUCGCCAAGAUGGUGAUUAGUGGAGUUGUUUAUUCUGUAGGAGACUGGAUUGCACAGUGCUUUGAAGGAAAGCCUCUUUUCGAGUUUGAUCGGGCACGUAUGUUCAGAUCAGGGCUUGUUGGUUUUGCUCUACACGGCUCUCUUUCUCAUUAUUAUUACCAGUUUUGUGAGGAGCUAUUUCCUUACAAAGAAUGGUGGGUGGUUCCUGUCAAAGUUGCCUUCGAUCAAACUGCAUGGUCGGCAGUUUGGAACAGCAUUUAUUAUACGGUUGUCGCUAUCCUGCGUCUUGAAUCUCCGAUCAAUAUUUUCAAUGAAUUGACGGCAACAUUUUUCCCCAUGUUGACUGCAGGAUGGAAACUGUGGCCAUUUGCUCAUCUAAUUACUUACGGUGUAAUACCAGUCGAGCAGCGACUUCUUUGGGUGGAUAUGAUAGAGCUUAUUUGGGUGACCAUACUUUCUACAUAUUCAAAUGAAAAAUCAGAAGCAAGAAGCUCUCCGGUUCCUAUAGAAGUGACCUCCACUACAUCUGAGGAGUAAUAAGAAGAGAUAUAUGAUCAGAAGUAGUGGGAGGAAAGCGUUUUUGCUCAAAAAUAUUGUUAUAAUGGAGUGAAGUUCAUAAGGACCUUAAGUUGGUUUGGACAUGUUUGGACAUAGAUUUAUAAUGUAGAAUAUGGAAGAAGCACAUUGUAUAUUUGUAUAUGUUGCAUCAUUCAGAAAUUCAUAUAUGUUAGGUAACAUUUUAAACUUUCUUGUAACCAUUUCACAAUGUAAUUGUUCAUAAAUUUAUAAAUACUUAAGUAGACAAUUUAUAUCUGAA